UAGUGGAUGCCGGGAACGGACGCUCGAGUCCUCCAUGGGCCCCACGUCGGAAAGAAUUUCUUCCCUGCCUCCCUUCGCCUCAUCUUCCUAACGACGAAGUGAGAAGAAGCAAAAGGAGACGGUGGAGGAGCAGAUCGAGAGAGAGAGAGAGAGGCGAUGAAGCCGCCGGAGAAUUCAGAGGAAGAGAGGAUGGGGAUGGGAAAGGAGGAGAGGGUCCUAAUAGAGCUUUGCUGCUCUCUUUCCACGAGAGCCCACUCCUCCUCCUCCUCUGCCUCUCCCUUCAUUCUCCAUUCCCUCUCCCACCCCUCCCCGUCCUCCAUUUUCGCGUUCCCUGGGUCUUGGUCCGCCGAGGACUGGAUUUCCGGAGACCGAGCUUCCUUCGGGGAGACGGAGGUCGACUCCUCCCUCUUCCCCUCUCUCAAGAGCAUCGGCAACGAUGUAGCCGCCCGCGUCAACAUGGCUUUCUUCCGUUCCUUCCAGAGACUCCUCGCCACUUCUAGGCUUCAAUCAGAGGUUCAUAGAGCGAUAGUUGAAAAGAAGAGGAUAGUUUUCACUGGCCAUUCUUCAGGAGGUGCAAUUGCUGCCCUUGCUACUAUCUGGUUACUAGAGCAGUGCUUCAAAUUCGACAAUAGCAGUCAAGUUAACCCUUUUUGUGUAACUUUUGGGUCUCCUCUUGUUGGAGACCAUGUUUUCCACCAUGCUCUUAAGCGAGAAAAUUGGUCACACUGCUUCUUGCAUUUUGUCAUGACACUAGAUAUUGUUCCACGGAUUCUGUUAACUCCUUUGUCAUCCUUCAAAGAAGAACUUCAAGCCAUUCUGCAUUUCUUAUGCCCUAGAUCAUUAUACUUCAGCCUUGAAUCCAUUGGGAAUUCUCAGCUGGUAACAUUUUUCUAUAGCACAGUAUUAAAGAGUGCACUAUCAAUUUCUAGCUAUAGGGCCUGUUUGUGCAUGGGAUGUACAAACCCAUCUCUGGGAGCUUUAACUGCCUUCAUCAAACUUUCUCCUUACAGGCCCUUUGGAACUUACGUUUUUUGUACCAGUAAUGGGAGAUUGGUCCAUGUGAAGAAUUCAGAUGCUAUUUUGCAAUUGUUCUUUUACUGUCUUCAGUGGGAUCCUGCACAAACAUUAUCAGAUUUUGCAAAUAAAAGCUUAAAUGAGCAUUUGCAGUACGAGUUAAAGCUAAAGGAAUACCUAAAUAUGGAAAAUGUAGUUCAUUUGGAUUGUUUGAAAGCACUUCAAUUGUCCUUAAAUAAUGGGGAUGGUGAUAAGAUGCAAGUGGUUGGAACAGCAUCAGAAGAUCUUGAAUUGAGCAAUGAAGCUAUGUUGUGUCUUCAUGCUGCAGAAGAGUGGGAGAAACAAAGACAGAGGAACCAGGUCAAGAUUGACGCCAACUAUCACAAGAUACAAGAAGCCAUGAAAUUCCUGGACAACUAUCGUGCAACAUGUGAAAUACGAGAGUUGAGUUACUAUGACACCUUCAAAUGUCAAACAGAUGUUGAAGAUUUCAAUGCUAAUGUUAAGAGACUUGAACUAGCAGGGCUUUGGGAUGAGAUUGUUGAGAUGUUGAGAAGGUAUGAACUUCCUGAUGGUUUUGAGUGUCAGAAAGAGUGGGUGGAUUUGGGUACACGAUAUCGUCAUUUGGUUGAGCCUCUGGACAUUGCCAACUACUACAGGCACUCUAAAAACGAAGAUACAGGAUCCUACUUGGAGAAGGGUAGGCCCAGACGCUAUACAUACACGCAGAGGUGGCUCGAGCACGCCCAACGAAUGACUGCAGGGUCCAGCUUGGAAUCAUGUUUCUGGGCAAUUGUUGAAGAGCUUUGUGUUAAUAGCUGUAAUAACAAGCCCUUUGAGGAGGCAAGGGAGAGGAUAUUAGAACUGGAGAACAAGACACUAGGGUGGUUCACUUCUGGGAAGCUGAGCAAAGAUGUAUUACUCGGUAAUUCGACCUUUGUCAAGUGGUGGAAGACUCUUCCCAAACAGCAUAUGUUGGAGUCUUGUAUUGCAAGAUUCAUAGAUGCGGAGGAAAAUUUGCCAAUGAUAUAAUAAUUUUGUGUUUGGUAAAAUCUCUGCUAGUUGCCGGGAGGUAAAUUUCAUGCAGCAGAUCGGCUUUUAGUUUGCUGCUAAUGAAAUAUGCUAAACAAACUGUAUUUGCCUACCGUAAAUUGGGUGAGGUUUGUUAGUAAUGAGUUACUCAUGCUAUACUAUCAUUUCACUCUAAUGACCAAGCUUUUUACAUUGUUGAUGUGGGA